AAGCCUGUCGGGCACCCGCUGUGAAUUCGAUCGGAGACAGAGGUUUCCUGAAUUCUCGCACAUUUUCAGAUCUUAGAGAGCGAAGAAGAAAGUGCGAGCAGACGCCGGAAUUAUUUUAGAGUUUAAUGUUAGCUCUGUGAAAUCUAAGUCGUCGUCGUUUUGGGGGAGCAGGAAGGAGCGGAGCGGAGAUGGUGUUGGUGGCGCUGGUCAAAGAAUAUGUUGGGAAGAUGUUGCAGGACAUCUCCGGGAUGAAGGUUCUCAUACUGGAUUCUCAGACGGUCAGCAUUGUGAGUGUAGCAUUCACGCAGUCAGAACUGCUUCAAAAGCAAGUUUUUUUGGUAGAAUUUGUGGACAGUUCACUGAAAGAAUCAAUGUCGCAUAUGAAAGCAGUUUACUUUCUUCGUCCAACUCCAGAAAACAUUCAGUAUUUGAGAAAACAGCUUGUCAAUCCAAGAUUUGGAGAUCAUCAUUUAUUCUUCUCUAAUAUCUUGGCAACUUCCAAUCUUCAGACUCUUGCUGCAUCAGACGAACAUGAAAUUGUUCAGCAAGUGCAGGAAUUUUAUGCAGAUUUCGUGGCACUCGAUCCUUACCAUUUCUCAUUAAAUUGGGCCCCAGGUCACAUUUACAUGCUCAUGGAUCAUCCAAGCUACCAGCAUUUCUGUAGACGAGUUGUUGAUGGGAUUGCCGCAGUUUUUUUGUCCCUGAAGCGCCGACCUGUUAUACGAUAUCAACGCACAUCGGAUAUUGCAAAAAUAAUUGCAACUGAGGCUUCGAAACUUAUGUAUGAUCAGGAGAGAGGCUUAUUUGAUUUCAGAAGAUCAGAAAUUUCUCCUCUUCUAUUGAUAAUUGAUAGGAGGGAGGAUCCUGUCACCCCACUGUUGACACAGUGGACCUACCAGGCAAUGGUCCAUGAGCUCAUAGGUAUUCAGGACAACAAGGUGGAUUUGAAGAACAUUGGCAACUUUCCAAAGGAUCAGCAGGAGCUGGUGUUAUCAUCCGAACAUGAUGCAUUUUUCAAGGCUAACAUGUAUGAAAAUUUUGGGGAUCUUGGGAUGAACAUUAAACAAAUGGUAGAUGACUUUCAGCAUGUUACCAAGAGUAACCAGAAUAUUCAGACAAUAGAGGACAUGGCAAGAUUUGUUGACACCUAUCCUGAGUAUCGAAAGAUGCAAGGAAAUGUCUCAAAGCAUGUGACAAUGGUAACCGAAAUGAGCAAGCUGGUUGACAAGCGGAAGCUUAUGUUAGUGUCACAAACAGAACAAGAUCUGGCUUGUAAUGCAGGACAAGCAACAGCUUUUGAGGCUGUUACUAAUCUCCUCAACAAUGAACAAAUAUCUGACAUGGAUUGUUUGCGGCUAACAAUGUUGUAUGCGUUACGAUAUGAAAAAGAGAGUCCGGUUCAAGUGAUGCAGCUUGUGAACAAGUUAGCUUCUCGAUCUGCCAAGUACAAACCCGGUCUUGUCCAAUUUUUGCUCAAGCAGGCUGGUGCAGAUAAGCGAACUGGUGAUUUGUAUGGGAACCGUGAUCUGUUAAACAUUGCAAGAAACAUGGCUCGUGGACUUAAGGGGAUUGAGAAUGUUUACACCCAGCAUCAGCCACUUCUGUCUCAAACCAUGGAAAGUAUUAUCAAGGGACGACUCAAAGAUGUUGAUUAUCCAAUUGUUGGAAACCAUUUUCAGCAAGGAAGGCCGCAAGAUGUAAUCAUCUUCAUUGUUGGCGGUACGACAUAUGAAGAAGCACGUGCAGUGGCCCUGCAAAACGCCACCAACUCUGGUGUGCGCUUCAUUAUAGGUGGAAACACUGUGCUCAAUUCUAAGAGGUUCUUGAGAGACCUAGAAGAAGCACAGGCUGCACAGAGGCUUAGUCGAUCGGGUCCAGUUUGAAUCAUGUUUUGGAUGUUUAAACUGUGGGUUUGUUGUGAGAAUGUGGAGGAUUGGGACAGAAAUGAUUUUGAUGGUGUUUGACUAUUACUGGCGUUACUUUGGUAGGACAGACACCAACAAUCUGUUGAAGAGCACCUUCCUCGUCCACUGAUCAUGGUACGGCAUUCACUUUCAAGGGUAUGGCAUUGUUUGGACGGCAAAUGAGGUUUGAUGUGGUGAUUGAAUGGUAUAGAUCCAUAUAUUCUUGGAGAUUGAUGAACUAGAAGAAUGUGGUUGUAUAAUUUUUUGUACCGGCUUCAUAGGUUAAAGCCUCGCCAAUGACCAUACAAUAAAGAGCAAAUCUUAGCAUCUGA